UCAAGAACUUUCAGUUUAGUUAGUUAGCAUCCAACACCAUAAUGAACACUAUGGCUGUAACCCUUCUUCCACUGUCUCCUCUGGUCUCAGCCACUCCAACCUUCAUAACUCCCACCAACCAAAAUGACCCCAAGACCACAUCCAAAGACCCCUCUCCAACUGGGUCUUUCCAGAAUUGCAAAUCCAUCAAAGAACUCAAGCAAGUACAGUCACACUUCACAAAGAAAGGCCUCACUCAUAGUCCCUCUACUGUGUCCAAGCUAAUUGCUGCGUGUGCCCAAAUGGGCACUCUUGAAAGCUUAGAUUAUGCUCAAAAGGCAUUCAAACUUUAUAGAGAAGAUGAGGGGAGUAUUGGGUCUUUGUUCAUGUACAAUUCUUUGAUUAGAGGUUACUCUUCAGCUGGAUUUGGUGAUGCAGCUAUCUUGCUUUAUAUUGAAAUGGUGAUUGCGGGUAUUGUGCCUGAUAAGUUCACGUUUCCUUUUGUACUAAGCGCGUGUGCGAAGAUUGUUGGGUUUUGUGAGGGAAUUCAAGUUCAUGGAGUAGUUGUUAAGAUGGGUUUAGAGGAAGAUGUGUUUAUUGGUAAUUCUUUGAUUUAUUUGUAUGCAGAGUGUGGGAAGAUGGAGUAUGCACGGAAAGUGUUUGAUGGGAUGCUUGAGAGAAAUGUUGUGUCGUGGACUAGUUUGAUUUGUGGUUAUGCUAGGAGGGAUUGUCCAGAGGAUGCAGUUUCUUUGUUUUUUGAAAUGGUGGAGACGGGUAUUACACCCAAUUCGGUUACGAUGGUGUGUGUGAUUUCGGCUUGUGCAAAGUUGAAGGAUCUUGAAUUGAGUGAGAAGGUAAGUGCUUAUGUGGGUGAGGAAGGAGUAAAGUGCAACACGCUUAUGGUGAAUGCGCUUGUUGAUAUGUACAUGAAAUGUGGAGCUAUUGGUAGUGCAAAGAGGCUUUUUGAUGAAUGCGUUGAUAGGAAUUUGGUUCUAUGCAAUACUAUCAUGUCAAAUUAUGUGCGGCAAGGACUUGUGAGAGAUGCUCUUGCUGUUUUUGGUGAGAUGCUGCAACAGGGACCACGACCAGACAGAGUUACAAUGUUAUCAGCAAUCUCAGCAUGUGCACAAUUAGGCGAUCUUCUAUUUGGAAAGCAGUGUCAUGGUUAUGUUUUAAGAAAUGGACUAGAAAGUUGGGAUAACAUUUCUAAUGCCAUGAUAGACAUGUACAUGAAGUGUGCUAAACAAGAAAUGGCUCACAGAGUUUUUAACUGUAUGUCAAAGAAGACUUUGGUGUCAUGGAACUCAUUGAUCGCAGGUUUAAUUGGAAAUGAUAAUGUAGAAUCAGCUUGGGAAAUUUUCAAUGAAAUGCCAGAGAAUGAUCUUGUGUCCUGGAACACAAUGGUAAAUGCUUUGGUCCAAGAGAGCAUGUUUGAGGAGGCAAUUGAACUUUUCCGAGAGAUGCAGAAUGAAGGGAUUAAAGCAGAUAGGGUGACAAUGGUGGGCGUUGCAUCUGCUUGUGGGUAUUUAGGAGCUCUUGAUCUUGCGAAGUGGAUCCUUACCUACAUUGAAAAGAAUAAUAUUCACUGUGACAUGCGGCUUGGCACAGCCUUGGUUGACAUGUUUGCCAGGUGUGGUGACACUCAAAGUGCAAUACAAAUUUUCAAUAAGAUGGCAAAAAGAGAUGUUUCUGCUUGGACUGCAGCCAUUGGAGCAAUGGCAAUGGAGGGAAAUGGGGAACGAGCUGUGGAGCUUUUCAAUGAGAUGCUUAGGCAAGGGGUGAAACCCGAUGAGGUAGUCUUUGUGGCACUACUGACAGCAUGCAGCCGUUGCAGGUUUGUGGAUCAAGGGUGGCAUCUUUUCAGGUCAAUGAAGGAAAUCCAUGGAAUCUACCCUCAAAUUGUCCAUUAUGGGUGCAUGGUUGAUUUACUAGGCAGAGCUGGGUUGUUGGAAGAAGCUAUUGAUCUCAUAAAGAGCAUGCCCAUGGAACCUAAUGAUGUGAUUUGGGGGUCUCUUUUAGCUGCUUGCCGGACACAUAAAAACGUCAAAUUGGCAGCACAUGCAGCUGAAAGGAUAACUGAAUUGGCUCCUGAUAGGACAGGGAUUCAUGUGCUUCUCUCAAACAUAUAUGCAUCUGCUGGGAAAUGGAAUGAAGUUGCAAAAGUGAGGUUACAAUUGAAAGAAAAAGGCAUCCAUAAAGUGCCUGGAUCAAGUUCAAUGCAGGUUAAUGGCAUAAUCCAUGAGUUCACCUCUGGUGAUGAAUCACACCCAGAAAAGGCCCACAUUGCAAUGAUGCUACAAGAAAUAAAUUGCAGACUCAAGGAUGCAGGCCAUGUUCCUGAUUUAACCAAUGUUAUGCUUGAUGUUGAUGAGCAUGAGAAAGAGUAUUUGCUUAGCCAACAUAGUGAGAAAUUAGCCAUAGCUUUUGGUCUUAUCAGUACAGGUCAAGGAACGCCAAUUCGUGUUGUUAAGAAUCUCCGAAUAUGUGCUGAUUGCCACUCGUUUUCCAAAUUAGUAUCAAGAAUAUAUGAAAGGGAAAUUAUUGUCCGAGACAAUAGCAGGUUUCACUUUUUUCGGCAAGGGAAUUGUUCUUGUUGUGAUUAUUGGUAGUGGAACUUUACAAAAAGAAAGAAACAAACAAAAUGAUUCAUUUGUACUUAAACACUCAGUAUAAUAAAUAUAUUUGUUAAUA